CGAGUGGGCCAGGCCUUGCUUUGCCGUUUAUACUAACCCCCAGAUUACGGUCACUAGUUACCCCACGGCAUCCCCCGGCGGCACCGCUGCGAGACAGCAAACAACGCGAAGAACACGAAUGAUUAGGUUCUGGUGAUGGGAGGUCUAAGCGCGAACAACACCUCGCAGCAUCGACGAGCUCGCCAUCCCCCGCCAUGACUGGCAAAAAGCGCGCCCAUUCCGACGUCGACGUCCACGUCGACCUCGACCUCGAUGCCGACGACCGGAACAACACAACAUACAAUGACCUCGACGUCCGAACCCCGACGAGCACGGCAGCAUCCGCCGUGCCACCACCAGAACCACUUCCCAAACGCCGCAGACUAGCCCACGCCGCAUCCGCCGCCGCCGCCAUUACCACCACCCCAACACCGCCGCUUUCCGAACAACCGGGCCGCGACCUCCUCUCCCCGCUGUCCGACGAGCUCCUCCUGCGCAUUCUCUCCUUCCUCCCGCGGCGGCACCUCCUCGCCGUCGCCCCGGUUUCGCGCCGCUUCUACCGCCUAUCCUCCGACUCCCAGCUGUGGAAGGCCCUGUACUACGCCCGCUUCGUCCUGCCGCGCGCCAUGCGCAUUCCCGGCUUCCGGGGGGGCGCGGGCGACGGUGGGAGUGGUAGCGGCGGCGGGCAUAAGCUGCACUAUGCCGGGUGGGGGAAGGGCGUCUCGUCGCGUCCGGGGCUGCUUGGGGCCGGGGUCGGGGCCGGGGCUGAGACCGAGCAGGAGGAACAGCAGCAGCAGCAGCAGCAGCAGCUGAGGUCGCCGCGUGUCGACUGGAAGCGGCAGUACAAGAUUCGACACAACUGGGCGAGGGGCAAGUGCGUGGUGGAGGAGCUGCAGCUCGGGCGGGAGACGGGUGUCGCGGGCGCGGAGGAGGGGAGGAGGAGGAGGAGGAGAAUGCUCGUCAAGAUUGCCGAGGGCAUUGCUGUGACGGCCGACGGGACCGAAGGGCUGCGCGCGUGGGAUCUCAAGAACAGGAAGCUGAUCGCGCAGGCCGCGAUCGGUGGCGACGGCGGGCCUUCCGACGACGCCGUGCCGAGCUGCAUCGCCGUGGACGAGGGCGAGGCCGGGCGCGGGCUGCUGGACGUGGCGCUCGGCUUCAGCGACGGGAGCUUUGGUGUCUGGAGGUUGAGCGCCGAGUCGAACCGCCUGGAGCGUAGGUACCGGCACGAGAAGUCGAGCAACGGCGAGCUGGUGGCCAUGGCAUUCGCCUACCCGUACCUCCUGACCGCCACCGGGACCGUGCUGGUUUCACUCUACACGUUCGAGGGACCCGGCGCGACUCGGGGUGAUAAGGAGAGGAGCAAGGCGGCUGCAUCGCGCGAUGGGGCUGGAAAGCUACCCCCUCCAUAUCUCUUGACGUCUCUUGACUCACACUCUUCCCGGCCGCCGCUGGCGCUAUCCAUUCGCAAGGCUGGCGGGAUGACUAUUGCAUCGGUGGCCUACACCUUCUCUACACGCAGGGGUUGGUCCAUUGGCCUUCAGGACUUGCACAUUCACCAGCCCGCUGCCGGCCUAGACUCCGUCCCGGAGAUCGGGGCCACCCGGAUAGCGUACACUCCGCCGGUCGAGACGGACGGCGUCUCGUAUUCCCCGCUCAGCCCGCCGGCGACGCCUCAGCGCGGCCGUUCUGACUUGGCGGCGUCUGCUCCUCCCUUCACCGGAUCGAGCGGCUCAGAAUCGGAGACUCCGGAGCCGGGACCUACGACGCUUUGCUAUACCCACCCAUACCUCCUGGCCGCCUUGCCGGACAAUACCCUGAUACUGCACAUGUGCACGUCCAACGCCUCGUCGCUGUCGAUAUCGGACGGCAUCCGACUCUGGGGCCACACAUCCGGUAUCAGCGACGCCGAGAUCACCGCCCGCGGCAAGGCCGUCAGCGUCAGCACUCGAGGCGAGGAAAUGCGAGUAUGGGAGCUGGAAGGUCGGUCCACAGGCGUUUCCAGCCGCAGCGUCGAGAUCCGACCCUGGCAGUCUCCCGGAAGCGGCAGUGCCGCGGGCGGCCUCGCACUUUGCGACGACCUUCGCACCGGCGACCCGGCCCGCGACUGGGACGAGAAGAGAAACUGGGUGGGCUUCGACGACGAGAUGGUCAUCGUGUUGAAGGAGACAAAGGGCGCGCGGGAGAGCCUGAUGGUUUACGACUUCACCUGAUUACUCGUGCAAAACCUGGCCUGGAUCCGACUACUCGCAACAACCUGCGACGAGCUCGGCGAUGACAGCGCAGCGCGCGGAUUCGCGGCAUCAGUUACACUGCCCGCGCUUAAUCCUCGGGCUCUUGGCGAGCCACAAGCCAUUGGGAAGCU